AUGUUGAUGCUCGUUCGAGGGCCAGACUGUCACGCGAGCUCCCGGCAGAACGAUGCCCCUGGACCUUACAACUCCCACGUGAUAGUUGCAAGUUGGGCAUGCGACCUCUUUCCGGGGUGGCGUAUUCUCGUUGACGAUGCCGACGACGAAGACGACAUCUACGACGAGACCGUCAUUUAUGACACCACCAUCAUGGAGUACACGUUCACCUCCGGCAUCGUCACGGGACACAGGUACCGCGUCAAGAUCCAGCUGUGCUCGGUGGUGGGGUGCAGCGCCGAGUCCGGCGUGGCGCCCGCCGUCGGGGAGUUGGUCGCGGCCUCCUCGCCGAGCGCCCCGGGGCCCGUGUACGUGGAGUCCUCGAGCAACACCCAGCUCACCGUGUCGUGGAUGUUCAGCGGCUCCAACGGUGGUUCCGUGAUCUCCGGCUGGGACGUGUACGUGUCUGCGGACGGCGACAAUUGGGGCUUGUCGCCCAUUUCGAUCAGUAACGUGUACACAACGUCCACGACGAUAGAUUGCGCCGACUACAACGCAGAGCAGCAAUACUUGUGGAUCAGGGUGGCAGCCGUGAACAUCGCGGGUGUCGGCCUGCUCUCGGACGCGCUCGCCGCCCGCUGCUCUGACGCCCCGGCCACGCCGCCGGCGCCGACGCUGGUGGGCUCGAGCAUGACGCACAUCACGAUCCAGUGGUCGGCCCCGAACAGCACGGAGCUCUACAACGCUCUCCACACCGGCACCAUCGUCCAGUUCGACGACGGCGCUGGGGGUCCUUUCGUGUCCGUGCAGCUGUCCGAUACGCUGCAAGAGCAGUACACUUUGACAGGCCUUCUUCCUGGCAUGACCUACAGAUUCCGGAUUCAGACGCUGUCCGAUGUCGGCGAGAGCAUUGCGUCGAAUGUGCUGUCAGUGGUGGCCGCCUCCACGCCAGAUGCACCAGCGAUCACGGUUGCCUCCUCGUCCAACUCGGAGAUCGUCUACAACCUGGCGCUCACUGCAUCUACAGGAGGCACCGCCAUCACCCAGUGGUACCUGUACUUCGCAGACGACGGCGUCAGUUACCCUGUCAGCCCGACGGUCGAGCUGGACACCUCCAACAGCAGCUACACCUUCGACUGCACCGCGUUCAACGGCGCCAGCGUGUCCCAGCAGUAUGUGUGGCUGAAGGUAUCGGCCGUGAACUCGGUCGGAGAGGGCGCGCUGGCUGCUGCGGUCAAGCAGCGCUGCGCCGAGGGUCCAGGAAAGCCCAACGCGCCCACGCUUGUCAGCUCGACGGCCAACUCGAUCACCGUCAGUUUCGCCACGAACGGGCUGAACGGCGCGUACCUCACGGGCUUCAAGCUAUACGUCGACAACGGCGCAGGCGGGCCGUGGUCGAUCGAGACCCUCGCGGACACGACCCAGCGCACGUUCACGAAGUACGGCCUCAGCCCCGGCUUGUCGUACCGCUUCAAGGUCCAGGUCAUCUCCGAGGUUGGAGAGAGCGACAUCUCGGAUUCCGUGUCGCUCUUCGCCGCCGCCACGGCCAGCCCGCCCAGCAUCUACGUGACGUCCUCCAGCAACACAGUCAUCGACCUCGCUUGGACGCCCAGUUUCGACGGCGGCACGCCGGUCACCGGCUGGCUGGUGUUCGGGUCCGUGGACGGGACGACGUGGGACUCCACCGCGCCGAUCUACACGAUCACCAGCGGGUCGACCACCAGCCAGUCCGUCGACUGCACGGACAACACCUUCUGGGGCGCGUCUUACACCAAGAGCUACCUGUACUUCCGCGUGUCGGCCGUCAACGGUGCAGGGACUGGUGCGGCCUCGAACUCCUACCGCUGGCGGUGCUCGGAGGUCCCUGGCGCUCCGGCCGCGCCAGCGAAGGUGAGCUCCACCCGCUCGUCGAUCACCAUCUCCUACGCGCCCCUGGAGCUGAACAGCGCCGUGCUGACCGGGUACAUCAUCAUGUACGAUGACGGCUACAACGGCGACUUCCAGGAGGUGCCCAUCACUGCCACGUCGCAGCUCGAGUACACUGCCGCCGGCCUGACUGCCGGUCUGACCUACCGCUUUAAGGCGAAGGUGACGACCGAGGUGGGGGAGAGCCCCGAAUCUGGCGAGCUCUCGCUGGUGGCCGGCGCGAACGCCGAGGCCCCAGGAGCUGUGUACUACGUGACUUCGCAGAACAACAACGAGAUGACGGUCGCGUGGGACUUCACAGGUUCCAACGGUGGCGUGACGAUCACCAACUGGUACCUCUACAUGUCAAGCAGCUACGCAGACUCCUCGUGGCCGAUCGCAACUGUUCCAGGGGCGAUUCUCGACGUGGGCACCAUGCAGUACACCCUUGACUGCACCAGCGUCACGACCAGUGUGGGAGGCAUCGACCUCUCACAGAACUCCGUCUACUUCAGGGUGGCUGCAGUGACCGCUGUCGGGGUCGGGUCCUACUCGCCCAUCUCCAAGCUGUUCUGCGCGGACCUGCCAGACGCGCCCACCGUGUACGACAACGGGGGCACCGAGUCCUCUGUCUCCUUCACGUGGGAAGAGGGCGGCCUCAACGGCGCGGAGCUCAAAGGCUACAGGGUCUACAUGAACGACGGGCUCGGUGGCGCCCUCGUACACGUGGCCAGCAUCAUGGACACGUCGCAGCGGUAUUACACCGCCACUGGACUCCCUUCGAACAGGGAGUAUCACGUGCAGGUGACGGUCGUGUCGGGCGUCGGGGAGGGAGCUGCCUCCAGCGUCUUCCCCGCGCGCUCAUGCGGCCUGCCGUCGAAGCCGGACCCGCCAACGAGGCAGGCCUCGACCGCCGACACGGUGACCUUGGAGUGGGCGCCGCCCGCAGACAACGGUUGUCCACUGACCGGAUACCGGAUCUACCAGGACACGGACGAGGACGGCGUUGCCGACGGCGCCGACAUCUACCCAGGUGUAGGGGACGAGGACGACCCGUUUGCCAAUGGCUUGGAUGCAAGCGUUUUGGAGUUCAUCAAGGGUGGCCUCACGACUGCGCAGAGAUACGGGUUCCAGGUGCGCGCGUACAACGCGCGCGGCUCCACCUACAGCGAUUGGGCCUACAUCCGCGCCGCGGGCGAGCCGGUCGCCAUGAGCCAGCCUUCCCAGGACGUUGCCUCCAGCUCCUCCACGUCCAUCGGGCUCGCGUGGAGCGUGCCGGACAUGCAGGGGGGUACGUGCGUCGGCUUCAAGGUCUUCCGCGACGAUGGUAGCGGCACCGACGUUUCGACCGUGGCGGACGCCACUUGCGGCAGCGAGAGGAAGCCCGCGCCACAAUCUUGCGUCAUCAGCGGGCUGAAGUACGGCGAGAUUUACACCAUCAGGAUGUUGGCGAUCAACGACGUGGGUGAGGGUCCAUAUUCAGACACGGUCGAGUACAGGGCGGCAACCUAUCCGUCGCAGAUCACGAAUCUCACCAACACGGCCGCCUCAUACGACGACGUGUCGCUGACGUUCACCUGGGAUGCGCCGGCGGACAACGGCGCUGCUGUCUUCAACUACGUGGGAGAGGUGUACAAGAUGGACGACGGCACGACCACGACGUGGGACGCCGGAGGCGACGCGGGCAAUCCGCAGACCAGCCUGACCGUGGUGCUGCAAGAUCCACAAGUCUCCAACAUGUUCGCUGGGCUGCAGUACAAGUUCAGGGUUGCGGCCAUCAACGAGGCCGGCACGGGAGCGUGGUCCGACUGGUCCGACACGACCGUCGACGCCCCGAGAGGCUACAUCAUGGAUCCCCCCAACGUCCCUACAGCUUUCGCGAGGAAGGACCCGUCCGCGGCCGUCACCAACGAGGUGUCGAUCAGCUGGACCGGGCCAACGAAUACGGGCGAAGCCGGAGGCGACGCCCCCGGGAACGUCCAGUACGAGGUGUACUCGGGGACCACGACUUCCAACAUGCGGCGCUUCGCGUGA